AAAGCUGGGCCGAAAGCUUUCUCCAACUUCAGUGUCGAACGCGGAUUUCAGGCGAACGGUGGCCGAGAAAGAGAAGAAGAAGUGAUUUGAACCGAGAAACUGAAGCUUGCAACACACCAAAAACACACACGUACACGGCACACUAACACACACAGGAGCUGAAAUCGAACGCAGAGAACACUGAGCGAAACGUGCGAGAGGAGGAGUGAUAAAAGCUGCUACCUGGAGUUGGAGUUUGAUUCAUUGAUCGACGAACAGAAGCAAUGCGUCUCGACACGAACUCAAAUGUGGACUUUAAGGCAUUCGAAUCCAGCUCAAGCUCAUGUCCCGUCAAAUUGGAUAACCUGGCCACCUGGGGUGGCUCACAGAAAACAGACACACGGCUGCCGAUCACGGACUACUCCAAUCUGGGCGGACCCCGGCACAAUCGCAGUCCCUUUCCACUGUGCAAAGAUGUCAACAAUCGCUUUGUAAUCUGGGAUGGUGACAUGACCACUCUGGAAGUGGACGCCAUCACAAACACCAGCGACGAGACUCUGACUGAAAGCAAUAGCAUAUCGGAGCGCAUCUUCGCAGUGGCUGGUAACCAGCUGCGCGAGGAGCUGAGCACUACGGUUAAAGAAUGCCGCACUGGGGAUGUGCGCAUCACGCGUGGAUACAAUCUGCCCGCCAAGUACGUGCUGCAUACAGUGGCACCUGCCUACAGGGAAAAGUUCAAGACUGCGGCCGAGAACACGCUGCAUUGCUGCUACAGAAACGUCCUGUGCAAGGCGAAGGAACUGAACCUGCACACCAUCGCCCUGUGCAACAUCAGUGCCCACCAGAAAAGCUUUCCCGCGGAUGUGGCAGCCCACAUUGCUCUGCGUACCAUCCGUCGCUAUCUGGACAAGUGCACCCUCCAGGUUGUGAUAUUGUGCGUGGGCAGCAGCGAGCGCGGCACCUACGAGGUCCUGGCUCCACUGUACUUCCCCAGGGAUCAGCUGGAGGAGCGCAGUGCCCUGUGGCAGCUGCCCAAGGACAUUGGCGGCGAGUUCGGGGAGCCACAACAUCCGGACCCCGAUCGCCAGAUACGGAUCAUCCGCAAUCCGCAGCACAGUGUCCACAUGCGUCAUCGCUUAGCCGACGACGAUUCAGACGUGAGUCCACACGACAUGGAGGGCAAUAGCUCGGAUCUGGAGUACGGAGCUCGGGACAUGAACGGCCUCAGCCUGAACUCGUACAGCAGCGGAUUGCAGGCUCAGCUUCAGCGCGAUCUGGACCGGCAGCACCUGCUCAGUGAUCGCCCACGCACUGGAGUUUACGAGAAUGUCAUUUCCGAGGGAGUAGAGGGCAUUGAGCACCAGGAAAGAUACGAGCGCCUCCUGCGUCGCGCCCAAGUCGAGGAUUUGACGGAAGUGUCCGGCAUCGGCUGCCUUUACCAGAGCGGCGUGGACCGCCUGGGUCGGCCUGUGAUUGUGUUCUGCGGCAAAUGGUUCCCCGCCCAGAACAUUGACCUUGAAAAGGCCUUGCUAUAUCUGAUUAAGCUACUGGAUCCCAUCGUUAAAGGAGACUAUGUCAUCUCGUACUUCCACACGCUGACAUCCACGAACAACUAUCCAUCGCUGCACUGGCUGCGUGAGGUCUACAGUGUGUUGCCUUACAAGUACAAGAAGAAUCUGAAGGCCUUCUACAUCGUGCACCCCACUUUCUGGACUAAGAUGAUGACCUGGUGGUUCACCACGUUCAUGGCACCGGCCAUCAAGGCCAAAGUGCACUCGCUUCCGGGUGUGGAGCACCUGUACUCGGCCAUUACAAAGGAUCAGCUGGAAAUUCCCGCCUACAUCACCGAGUACGACAUGGCGACCAAUGGCCUGCAUUACUUCAAUCCUGUGCCGACUGCCUCGUAGAUGGCGGCCAUCGUUGCUGUCUAGGACAGCUGGCAGCCACCAUAGCAUAUACAUACAUAUAUAUAGAUACACAGAUACAUUUGUGAAGUUUUUAUAGAUUUUAUAGAACGUAUUUUAUUUUCGUGAUAAGUAAAAUUUGUUUACUUGCGCAUAACUUUCGAUGUUGUCGUUUAUCGAUUGACUUGACGCAAGUUUUGUUGAACAUUGUGUAGCAUACUUUUAUGGGAGUGGCCGAGUCGCCCGGUAGCCCAAAACCAAUUAGCUAAAAGAUAAAUCGGCAGCCCCAAAAACCAGAUAAUUGUGUAAAACAUUCUUAUGAAUUGCAUGGAAAUUAGUUGAUUAGUUGGCAUCGGCAAAACAAAACCUUGUUAUUUCGCUAUAAAUAGUUGAAAAGUUGAGAUAUUGGUAGGAAAUCGAUGGGUGGAUGACGAGGACUCGUCGUUAGUGGGAUAAGAUACGAAGAGAAACCAAAAACGUUAGCAAUGCUGAACAAAAUAAAAUUUGAUUAGUGAACCUGCAUGUACGGAUAAACAAGAUUAUUCUAAAUAUGAAAUUGAUAAAUUGUACUUGAUACUUGAUUACGGAAGGGAAAAGUAUAUAUGAAUUAGUAUACAUAACAUAUUGUUAGUUAUCUUUGCAAUUACAAAUUGUAUUAUUAAUGUAUUAAUAAUAGAGCUAACGCGUAUGCAGUUUGAUCCCCCGAUAUACAUAUACACACAUACGUACUAUAAUUCAAUUGUAUUUAUACAUAUACUAAAUAUACACAAUUAAUAAAUUAAACGAAACCAAACCAACCACGGAGGAGAACUCGACUCGCAGAGAAGCAUAUAUUUUGAAGCUCUGAGAAGCUGAAAAUUGCAGCUGGUGCCUGCAGAACCUUUUGUAGAUACUUACUAGAGCUCACCGUAAGGCCCUCCCAGCAAUCAAAACACCAAUAAAGAACCUAACGAAUAACAAGUAAUGAAUACUGUAUACUGUAUACUGUAUACUGAAUACUGAAUACUGUAUGUUAAAUGUUCAACUUUGAUAUGAUAUGUUUAGGCGCAGGAGAUUUCCAACUCGAGACACGUCCCUUUAUCUUCCAUGCACCGUUUGCGCUCAAAGAAACAAAGCCCCAGAAUCAAAGCCAAUAGCACGCCACUGCUAUACGUAUAUAUUUGUAAUUGUGAGAUACAUAUAUAGGUAUUGUAAUUAGUCGAUUCAAUUAUGGCACUCGCUGGCAGUAAUCAGAAACCAGAGUCACACUCAAACCACUGCGCACCACCAGUUGAAGAGCCAAAAGACAGCCACAGCCAACACCAGCAGUUGAUUUAGCAACUACGCAAUUACAUGCAAAGUAAAAUGCACUCAGGGAUUGAUUUAAAACUAAAAACCAAACCGAAAACAAAGAGAAUACCCAAAACCAAAAAUUAAGAACGAAAUGAAAUUUAGAUAAACGACAAAUGCGCUUUCCUCGAACCACAAUCGGCAGCCUGGCUAGUACCUAAAAUGAGAAAUCAAGUAGAGUUAUAGCGAAACACCAAAGUGAGAUAGUUUUUGGACAUGCUCUUAUAGGCACCUACAUAUGUGCUAUAUGUCGUAGGCAGUUCGUCCGACAAUUAUGCCAAUUACAUAUUUUGUAUUGCCUCACCAGCAGAAUUUAGGAAAAAUAACCAGAGUGCUAGGGGGAAGCUAAGUUCCCAGCUCUACAAUAAUCAGAAUCACGGCAAUUACGCGAAAUAGUGUACUCAAAAGUUAUGCUUGCAUGAGAACCACCUUACAGGAGUACAACAAUAGGGAUUCACCUAGAUAUGGUGGCCCAUCCUGCGGCUUACUCAACUGUUAUUGAAAAUUCUAAAACGAAAUGUUACUAAAGAGAGUCCCAAACCGAGAAUCCAAGUUAUGCCAAGUGUUCCUUUCUAAAAAGUAUAUAUUUAGACGAAUACUUUUCGUAAUAUUUGAAUAUUUGUAGGUAAAUCUUAAAGCCAUCCACAAGUAACUAGUAAUCUCAUUGAAUCUUAAUCUUUCCCCCAAGUUUCCCUUCUAAUAUUGCUAUUGCUUUAGCUAUAAAAUUCGAAAUCUAAACCAAACCAAAAGAAAACUAAUAAAAUAUCGAUGAAAAC